AGUUUAUGGGUAAUUUUGUUAAGACAUCCGUGGUUAAACUAAAUUAAUACCUAUUGAUCUGUACAGAUCUUGAUUAUGUCUGUUUCUAUACAAUUGUUGUUUUUCUUGAAUUUUGACAGGGCUAUGGCAGUGACCGUUAAAUUAGCCUGUCUUGAAAUUACGUUAGUUAGCUACCUACCACCUAGCCUUUGUUUUAGGCCUCCCCGGAUCUGUAACGAAUGUGUUACCACUACUCUAUUGCAAAUAUUAUUUUUACUGAACAUUGUAAUUAUAAUAAGUGUACCAAAUUCUGCAACAAGUGUGGACAGAGUUCUCGUCCCAAUGUCGCGGCAAUGAACGUUGACCCUGAUGGAAUUUCAUGCAUACAUGCGGCGAAAAUGUUGCCUGUUCUACGGUUUUUAUUCUCGUUGUAAGGCACAUAUUGUUGAAUAUUUCUAGCGUGUGUAACGUUCUCCCUGACUGUUUCUCUAUGAUUGGAAUUUGUAUAAUCUUACAAUUAGAAAUUAGUGCAUGUGUAUUCAAAAUACGUGUGUCCGUUUGUGUGCGUGUACCGUUCAGCCUGUUCUAUACAGUUCCGACUGUUCUGUUUGUUUUAUCUACAGCCCGACAAGAAGAUACAACGUUUCCAUUUAAAAGAUAACCAGCAAUAGAAAUGCCUCGCAUCGAGAAUGAUAUCAAGUUGGACUUCAAGGACGUGCUUCUCCGUCCAAAACGGAGCACACUCAAGUCCCGUAGUGAGGUGGAUCUGAUGAGAAGUUACACCUUCAGGAACUCUAAGGGAAGCUAUAGAGGGAUCCCCAUAAUUGCAGCCAACAUGGACACAGUCGGCACCUUUGAGAUGGCUUUGGCUUUGUCCAAGUUCACACUCUUCACUGCCAUUCACAAGCAUUACUCAGUAGAUGAUUGGAAGGAGUUUGCAACAAAGAAUCCAGAAUGUGUACAGAGUGUUGCAGUGAGCACUGGGACCAGUGAAGGGGACUUCGACCGGCUGGGUGAGAUCCUGGCCGUGGUGCCUCAGCUGCAGUACAUCUGCGUGGACGUGGCCAACGGCUACUCUGAGCACUUUGUCCACUUUGUCAAGGACGUGCGUCAGAAGUACCCGACUCACACCAUCAUGGCGGGAAACGUGGUUACCGGGGAGAUGGUAGAGGAGCUGAUUCUCGCUGGCGCUGACAUCAUCAAAGUGGGCAUUGGACCAGGCUCUGUGUGCACCACCCGUAUGAAGACCGGGGUGGGGUAUCCUCAGCUGAGUGCUGUGAUUGAGUGUGCGGACGCUGCCCAUGGCUUGGGGGGACACAUCAUCUCGGAUGGUGGGUGCACUUGUCCAGGUGAUGUCUCCAAAGCUUUUGGCGCCGGGGCGGACUUUGUGAUGCUGGGCGGGAUGCUGGCCGGCCACUCGGAGUCCGGGGGUGAGGUCAUCGAGAAGAACGGGAAGAAGUACAAGCUGUUUUACGGCAUGAGCUCCGACACGGCCAUGAAAAAGCAUGCCGGGGUCGUGGCCGAGUACAGGGCAUCUGAGGGGAAGACAGUGGAGGUGGUCUUCAAGGGUCCCGUAGACGUGACCAUACGGGACGUCCUGGGUGGGGUACGCUCCACCUGCACCUACGUGGGUGCAGGCAAGCUCAAGGAGCUCAGCCGCAGGACCACAUUCAUCAGGGUCACCCAGCAGCUCAACACCGUCUUCGGGAACAAUAAAUAGGCGAUGCCCAGGCUGGUUCUUGGGCCUACCUGAAUCAAAGGGAGCAGGGGAUGUUUUGUAUGCUGGCUACUCUGUUAUGUGGAUGCUAUUACACUCACUUUGCACACACAUACAUAAACACAUCAUACUAGUACCAUUGAUAAUAAUAAUCCAUUAUUUGAUCUUCUUAAACAUAAGGUAAGUGUUUAAAUACCAAAACUCCAUUUUACUCUCGAACAGUCUUUCAUAUAAAGGUCUUAUUUAAUGAUUGAUAUUUUGAACAGGUGACUUUCUGUAAAUGACCAGAAUUGGUUAUAUUUAAACCAUGGGUUGUUUUUGCACUUCAUGGGUUGUUUUUUUUAUUUAUUGUUUUAUCUUUUCCCAGUCAUCUACCUAGAGCCCUAAAGGCCUUGAGUCCAAUAUUCUUUGCCUGUAUUAUGUCCCAUCAAUUCACUUGAACUCGGUUGCACUCCCAUUCUUAUUCCCUCUCUACUCUGUAUCCAUAUCCAAACUCUUCUCUCAACAUUCCUGUUUUUCAAGGCAUACUCACCGCCAUGCUUUACGAAAGAUCUAUACCAUUAAUAUACAGUAUUUUACUGUAGAAAGUAUGUUUUAUAAAUAUGGGCCUUCUAAUAUAUUAAUUUAAAUUAAAAACAGUUUUUUAUUAUUUUAGUUAGAUUAAACACAUCUGGUGGAUUAAGGUGAAAAGCGUGUUACACUUUUUUUUGAGGGUCCCAAUUUUCAUUUGUAGAUGUUAUACUGUCAACAAACCUAAAAAGCAUCUACAGACAUACUUUUGGGACACUGAAAAUAAAAUGUUACACAUCUUCAUAUUAAGGACCGAUAUAGCAUAUUUGACAAAAUAGUAUAUUUCAGGGUAUUUCCUUUUAUCCUUUUUAAACUCACAAACAUAUAUUCUAAAUAAAUUAUUAUUCCACUAUCUGACUGAUACUACGUCAAACUACUGAUAAACAGCUCUGGCAUGUUCUGUAGAGCUACAGGAGCUUAUAAAGUUACACACACACAGUAACCUCCAUUUGCACAUUUCACAUUUCUGUUAAUGGCCAAGACUAGAGAACCUCAGUGCAAUCAGUAUUUGACAUGAAAAUGUACUGAAUAUUCAGUUACUUUACAAGAAUGUUCUUGCUUGUCGAAGCUGUUUUUUAAAUUAUGGUGGGUCAUUUAUUCGCAUUCAUUUACUUUUCUAGGAUUAUUAUAUUUUAUUUCUACUGGUUUUAGUAACACACAUUACACAAUUUUUAAGUCAUUCCUUUUUGGUUUCAGCCUUGCCUGUUCGUACAAAUAAAGAACAUUCCAUUUGA